AUGGCGCUCUCGGAGGCAACAUAUGGAACCAAUGGUGUGAUGGACCUUCUGAGAUGCGAUGUAUGGCGUGAUCGCGAUGCGAUUCCGAAGAAGCUGAUUGAUGCUACACAGAAGUCAGGUUUCCGUAUGCUGUCAAUUCAGCCAGCUCCUACGAGAGGAGCUCGUCACAUACGAUUGCACAGCUGGUAUUUCAUCAGGCAUCUUCAUCCGGGGGACUUGUUUCGUGCAUUGGAAGAUGAAGGGCGAUGUAGCUCAACCUUGCGCCAAAGCAUUCAGGAGGCGAUGGGCCGGCAGAAAGUCUACCACGUGGUCGUUGCAGGUGGUGAGGAUGACCGCCGAUUCGUUCCCCCAGGUGAUUUCAAGACCGCGAAGAUUGUUUUCUCAGAUUUUCUGAACAAUCUGCAUGCGAUUUGUCAACAUGCGGAGGAGCUGCUCUUCGACCAAAGACAGGAUCCAGAAGCAAUCAGGCAGGUUAUGGACAAUCCGCAGUUCGACUCCAUGUUAAAGAAAUAUUUUGAGAGCGGAGAUAUGAAGCGCCAGCAAAAUUUGAAACUUGUGGGAAGACUGGGCGGCAACCUCCUCCACACCUGCAUCGAGGAGGGCCACCUGGAUACCGUCCAGCUGCUGCUUGACUCGUACACUUUGGAAUCACACCCGCAAGCUCCAUGGCGUGUGCUGGCUGAGCCGCUGCAUCCCGUGGGCAGCUCUGGCACGACGGCCUUCCAUGCUGCCAUUAUUCACGGCUCAGAUCAGGCACUUUCCAAGCUAUUGGAAUGGGCGGAACUGCACAAUCAUGACAUCACAGGCUUGAAAUACAUCGUCGAGAGGGAGCCAGGAACCGAACAACCCGUCACAGAGCGAAACUGCCUGCAGGUGGCAUCCAGCAACGGCGAGUUGAAAUGUUACAAUUUGCUUGCCCCGCUUUUUGGCAAAAGGCUGAAAGAUCUGGUUGACCAUGUGGAUGCAAACGGUCCAAGCUCUGAGGUCAUUGGUCGCCCCAGGCUAAGUCUCAUAUGUCCUCGUGGAUUCCUGUUGAAGCGAUUCUGCUUGCCGUCCGAAGAUUGGAAGGCUGUACUUGCCGGAGUUGCGGAGCUCAAGGCUUCAGAAGACUUUCCACGCGCCGCUUCCAUACGCAUACGGAAUGUGAACUUCCAGGAUGAGGCGAGCUCUGACAUUUUGGGUUGCCUGUUGGAUGCCUGCAGUGGCCUUGAUUUGGUGACAACCAUGACCUGCACCUUCAAGACAGACAAGACCUGGCUUGCCCUGCUGGAGGUGCUGCUUCAGCGGCUGCAUUUGGUUGCAGGAGGUGGUGCUGACCUCACGCAGCUGCUUCCCAGGGAAGUCAAUUUGGUUUCGCCUAGCCGUGAAAAUGUUGCAGAAGAGCAGGAGCAGCAGCAGUCUGAUCGCAAUGCCGCCCGCUUGAUCUUGGAGUACAUCAACGUCGCCUGUGUUGUUCCCAAUUUUUUGGGUGCGCAGCUCACUGACACACAGCACAUCACCAGAUUCUCGGAAUUCAGGGAUCACGGGUACAGCUUAGCAGCUGCGCACGCAGUCUCGACUUCCACGAUGGUUAAUGUCUUCGUGAAUGGCCAGCUGAGUGCCCAAGAAGGAGAGCUGGCGGACUGGGUGCAUUCACGUCUUUUUCUGAAGAUGGUUUCCAUGAUUCACUCAAAGUUCUUCGAUACAGAUGAGCUUUUAGCCAAGCAGUUAGACGACCCGCGCGACGUGGUGAACCCUGCAGCAGCGUCAUUCCUGCGCUUGACGCUGGGAGCUUGGUUCAAGCCACUGGAGACGGCAGGUUCCCAUAGCACUCACCUCUGGCAGUUUUGGGGAGAGCAGCUGGAGGCCGAUGAUGAGAAGAUGAGGCAGCUAGCUCCUGCGCUGGAUUUCGCUUUGGAGCUUCUCCUCAAGAUGCGGGAGGUGUUGGACUACGUGCUUCGGAGGGCUUUUCCGAAAGAGACCUCGUUGGCAGCCUUGCUGCACGAGUGUGUCCCUGUUGGGAUCCGCAGCCGAUUGCCUCGAUUUCGUGAGGUCUUGGAGGAGCUACUCGUUGAAAGGCCAGCGCCUGCUAGGCAGAGGGUCAUUCUCACCGCACCUGCAUCCGGGUAUCAACUUCGGCCAAACAGCCUGGCUCCAAGGUGA